CAGAUUCUGAGGAGUUCAUUCACAGAUGGGAACUCAACAUAUCGAGACCAGUCGGUUCCUGGUCAACCACUUCUCUAAACCUCAUCUCUGCAGAAACUCCAAUGACUGCUUUAAAAACAAACCAUACCUCCAAUGUAACUACACAGACGGUUAGCUCAGUCACCAGUCCGUCAGAUUUCAGCACUAUGAUACAAGUGACUAAUAGUGUUACAACUUCUCCUGCUGAAAAUGAGAAAAGAAAUCUUACUGCUGCAACCAAACAAUCCACAGUGACGUCAGGUACAGUCACUGCACCUACAGCAACAACAAGUAUGGGAAAAAAUAAUCCAACUGAUGUCUCAACAACAACAACAACAACCCCAGAUCAGAACAGCACCACAUCUGUUCAACCUAAAAAUGCCACAUCAUCAUCUGCUCCUCAUCCAACUGAUAGCACUGCCUCAACAACCCAAAACUCUACAACUCAAGGCUCUACAAAAACAUCUAGUACUGAAAGCAGUCCUACCAUGAGCGUAAAAGAAACCACCAGUCCUGUCUCCACAACAGCAGCAUAUCCUGGCCAGGUUGAAUCGGGAUCAACACAAGCUCCUGAGAUAUCCAAUUCAACGUCUUUCAAUAGCACGGCCACAAACAUCACAGCCACACAAGCAACAACAGCCAGCCCUCAGACUAAUGAAACAACAUCGCAAAGUACAUCGACUGAAGGGUUUUCCACAAAUAUAGCAACCACCGAAUGGAAAAGCAAACACAUGUCUCAAGGGGAACAGGACACUGUGACUCCAACGAUGCAGGGAAAUGAAACAAACAUGAUUAUAAAGGACACCACGCCAGGCCGGGAGGACACCACGCCAGGCCGGGAUCACAUCACGCCAGGCUGGGAGGUCACCAUGCCAGGCUGGGAGGUCACCAUGCCAGGCCAGGAGGACACCACGCCAGGCCAGGAUUACACCACGCCAGGCCGGGAGGUCACCACGCCAGGCCGGGAGGACACCACGCCAGGCCGGGAGGCUACCACGCCAGGCCGGGAUUACAUCACGCCAGGCCGGGAGGACACCAUGCCAGGCCGGUAG